AUGUCAGAUAGACAGAUCGCUUUCGUCUCUGGUCCUAUCGACACGGGGCCUAGUGAAUCAUACUUCCACACCCACUAUGUGACCAAGAUCAAUGAGGCAAUCGAGCGGGAUCAUGACUUCGUGCUUGGUCCAAUCCCAAGCGGUGUGGAUGCGGACGCGCUCGCAUACCUCCUCCUCACUGUUCCGGUUCUUGAUCGCAUUACAAUCUUCGUGACUCAGGCUGAGGAUGGCAUGUGGGGGGAACGGUUUCGCACGAUGGGAGUCCAUGUGGAGGUGGUGGAGGGACAAAUGACUCGCGAUCGAGACGCCGCCCUAACGAGAGCCAGUACGUAUGAUAUUCUACGCGUACGAACCAAAGCAGAGGCUCAAGCAUUGUAUGGUUCUAUGUGGCGUGAAGGCCAUAUCACCAAUACCGAGCGCAAUUGGAAGAGACGACGGGGAAUCGCGGAGAAUGAGGUGGUCGCGGAGCAGGAGAUCAAUCGUUCGAUGGGAUACUCUUCAGAUCCAGCUGUGCCAACCAAACCGAUAGGUCGUAUUGCUCGAUGGAUGAACGACGUCUUUCAAUUCAGGACAUAG